AUGAUGCUCUGGGAGAUUUGCAUUGCUGCCAGCAUUGCCCUGGUGGCCGCCUGGUAUCGGCUGCAGUACCACAACCCGCCGCCCUUCUCGGCGCACGAGGUGCUGCCGGGCAUUUGGCUGGGCAACUUCGAGGACUCGCUGCAGGCCGACGAGCUGCGCCGACGCAACGUGACCCACAUCCUCUCCGUCGCCGUCGGCCUCUACCCCCACCACCAGGCCCUCGUCCCCGACGCCCAGGAGUGGGCGGGCUUCGAGCACAUGGUGGUGCGGGCGCUGGACAAGGACGGGCAGGACCUGCUGUCCUACUUCCCGGUGGUGCACGGCUUCAUCGAGGAGGGUCGCAGGUCUGGCGGCGCGGUGCUGGUGCACUGCAUGGCCGGCAUCUCGCGCUCGGCCACCUGCCUCAUCUCCUACAUCAUGCUCGCCGAGGGCCUCUCCUUCAACGACACCCUGGCACUGGUCAAGGGCAAGCGAACGAUUGUGAGGCCGAAUUCGGGCUUCCGGCGUCAACUUGAGGCGUUCGAACGGCAGCUGCAGAAGAAGGAGAAGAACGAAGAUAACGACGAGCCGAUCCAGCAGACGACUGUUGUUGGAGAGGACGAGGUGGAGGUAUACACCGGGUCAUGGAUGAAGGCCGAGAUCAUUCGGUGGCACGGGCGCGACCGGCGGCUCGAGGUGGUGUGCCGGCACGAGGGCGAUUGGGUCGAACGCACGCGCGGCUGGGUCGUCAACGGUCUCGCCCGUGUGUGGGCCUACCACCUGCGCCGCUUCGGCAAGUGCCUCCAGCGCUUCGUGCGCGGCCAGCGCGCACCUGUCGCGCCGUUGAAGCAGGACUAA